AUGAAUAUGAGUAAACGUGAUUGUAAUGGCUGGGUAUUAUGUCCCAGCCAAAGAUUACCAGGAAAAUUUUACUUCUUCAACACGCUUUCUGGUGAAGCUGUAUGGAGUUUAAACGAGUUGGAGAAAAGAACAGCUAGACAAAAUGACAUUCAACAUGUGAAAUGGCUGAGCUACCCUGAACCAGACUGUCCACCGGAAGAGCCCACUACCAAUCCCUGGCAACCCAAAAGACUUUCAAGUUGGGGUCGCCAAACUCCUUCAUUUGGACAAGUUGCUUUUCCAAAAUAUACACCAAAUCUUGGGCCAACCAUGACCCCUAAUAUAUGCUCAAAUAUUAGUUCUAAUAUGCCUAAUCAUAUGGGACCAUCAACAAAUCAAAUUAUGGCACCACAUAUGACAGUAUUAGGGGGACCUAAUGAUACUUACAUAAAUAUGCCUUACCCCAUACCUUUAUCAAUGAUGAAUCAUGACUGGCAGAGAAAUUUUGAACCAAAUAUGCCUUAUUGGUCACCAGAAAUGGAUGGACCUACGAGUGGUGUACCAAAGAGAUUCUUCCGAUAUGAAAAUCCAAUCAAUAAAAUAGGAGAGAGUUCUUAUAACAAAAAUAAUUGGAUACAACAACAAAUGUGUAAUAAAAGACAGGUGUUCGGCCAAAAGCAAAAUAAUGAUUCAAACUGUCCAACCGUAAUUAACGAUCAAAAUGCUUUUGGGCUAAAUCGUGACACAAUGAGUGGUAAAAAAUCUGUUUUCAAUACCAACAAUAAGCAGAUUUUCAAAGAAACUUGGCGACAGCCUGAUGUGUAUAAUGCAGUAAAGCAUACUUUUGGCCGUUUAAAUAGUUCAGAAGACUUUGAAUUGCCAUGUAAACUAACACCACAAUUGUGGAGUCACAAUCCAAGUCCACAGCAGUGA